AUGAAUGGCAUCACAUCUGAGCCGCCGUCUUUAGACGCAGCCGACUACGAUCCAAUUCAACAUCUUAACCUACUAUUCUCCCAUCCUUCUACCGUAUCCUCCAUAUCACGCGUAUCGUCAACCCUUCAAUCUCAUCACAAUGAUCUCUCGGCCGAAAUAUCAACCCUCCAGACCGCUCAGGCCUACGGGCCCGACUCUUCCCUCGAGCGAAUGCAAUCCGCCCAGGCUGAACUCGCGGGCCUCUUCAAGAAAAUCGAGACGGUGCGCUCUCGCGCUAUUCAGACCGAGCAGAACAUUACCUCCAUGACUGCCGAUAUCAAGCGACUCGAUGGCACGAAGCGGAACUUGACACUAUCUAUGACGGCCCUCAAGCGGCUGCAGAUGCUGACGACAGCAUACGAACAGCUCAGGGGCUUAGCUAAAACAAGACAAUACAGGGAAUGCGCGGGUCUUUUGCAGGCGGUAUUGCAACUUAUGCGCCACUUCAACAGCUACAGGAGUAUAGACCAGAUCGCCACGCUCAGUCGAGGUGUGGGGGAGCUACAGAGGGAACUGCUGGAGCAAGUGUGUGAAGACUUCGAGAUAGCGUUCGCGAAGGGUGAAGUCGGAUCGAGAAAGGCAACGCUGGUCGAGGCUUGUGGGGUCAUGGAUGCGCUCGGGGAUAAUGCGAGGGCGAGGCUGGUAACGUGGUACGUGAACACCGAGUUGCGGGAAUACCGCCAAGUCUUUAGAGGUAACGACGAGGCUGGGAGCUUGGAUAAUAUUGGAAGACGGUACGCUUGGUUCAAGAGGAUGGUCAAGGCCUACGAGGAGGAACAUGCUGGCAUAUUCCCACCCCACUGGAGAGUUGGCGAGACCCUGGCUAUGGCCUUCUGCGAUGGUACGAGAGAUGACUAUAAGGGUAUCUUGGAAAAGAGUAUGAGGAGGACAGAUGGCGCCAAGAUCGACGUCAACCUUCUGCUGAGCUGUCUGCAGGAGACGAUGGACUUCGAGCAGACCCUGGAGCGAAGAUUCUCAAAUGAGCCAAGGGCAAGUAUCGACACGCUCAGUUCUGCCGACGAAAGGACACAGAGCUUUAACGGCUCAAUAUCAGUGGCCUUCGAGCCUUACCUAAGUUUAUGGGUAGAGUCCCAGGAUAAGGCAUUGGCGGCUAUGAUCCCCAAAUACAAAUCCCAACCUUUAUUGCCAGCCGACGAAGAGUUUUCGUUACAGGCUGUUAUCGGCUCUGCUAUUGAGCUUUUCCAUUUCUAUAAGCUCACACUGUCGCAAUGCGCCAAGCUAUCGACGAGCGAACGAUUAUUGGACCUGGCGAAGAUACUGGCUAAAUAUCUUGAUGAGUAUGCACAGCAAGUACUACUCACAAUUCUACAGAGAGCAGGGCCUUCAGGGGCGCCCCUUCACGACAUCAUCCUCGUCCUAAAUACCGCCGAUUUCUGGCAUGCCAACACGGGACAACUCGAGCAGAACAUCAAAAAACGUAUAGACCCUGACCUCGUGCCAAAAGUAGAUCUAUCAUCGCAAGCCGACGCAUUCUUGGGGGUUGCCAGCGCUGCCGUUAUCGCGCUAGUUAACAAAGUCGAGGCGGAUUGCGAGGGCGCCUGGCGGGAGAUGAAGAAUACAAACUGGAGCAAGAUGGAAAGCGUUGGGGACCAGAGUUCUUACGUAGGCGAGUUGGUCAGCCACAUCAACGCGAAGGCGCAAGAGAUCCUAGCUGUAGUGGUCAAACAGCAGUACGCGCGUGCAUUCGCCGACAAGUUGGUAGAACACCUAGCAAGCACGUACAUCCACACCAUCGUCCAGUGCAGACCCAUCUCCGAGGUAGGCGCCGAGCAGAUGCUGCUGGACAAGUACGUCCUGACAAAAGCGCUGGAAAACCUCCUCUCGCACCACAACCCGCCGUCGUCGUCAUCGCAGACCCCGCAUGUGCCGCCCGCCGGCUUCGUCAAGCGAGUCAACGCGACCAUGACGCGGAUCGACCCGCUCCUCAAGACGCUCCAGGUCCGCCCAAGCCCGCCCGAGGGGCUCGUCCAGGCCUACCUCAUCCACGUCGGCGACCGCUCCGAUACCAACUUCCGCAAGAUCCUCGACCUCAAGGGCAUCCGCAAGCAGGAGCAGGUGCAUCUCGCCGAGCUGUUCGCCAUCCACCGUGACGGGCCUGCUAACAGCACCGGCGGGAAGCUAGUCGCGCAGAGCCCGCUCCUCACGCCCCUGAUGAACGCGCCGGGCUUCGGGAGCAGCGGCGGCGCGGGCGCGGGCGGGAGCGGCGUGAAUAUGAACAACUUGAACCUGGGCCUGGGCAUCGACCGUCUAACCGCGGGACCGGGCGCCGCGUCGCUCGGGGAGAAGCUGCUGAACGCGGCGCGCGACGGGGUCGAGAGGAUGAAUAACAACAAUAACAACACGUCUGCGGAGCAGGGGCAGGUAGGGGGUGCUGGUGCUAAUAAUGGGAGCAACAGCGGCGGCGGCGGGUCGGCGCAGCAGCAGCAACAGCAGCAGCAGAAUAACGCGGCGAGUAUCAAUGAGAACCUGAAGAAUUUUGGCAAGUUCUUCCGGAGGGAUAUUGGCGGGUUGGGCGUGAGGUUUGGGAAGAGGGACGGGAGCGCGGAUGAGCAUCAGGGUGCGCGGUGA